UUCACCCGCAAAAUCCCAAUACAAAUACUCGCCCAGCAAAUAGAUAGCCAGAGGGACGGCGGAGGGAAGCCAAGAAAACCACGCCAACGACCAAAGCAGCUGUCGAUAACACGGCGUGCUACACCUGCUUGCCUGCCUGCCUGCACAACCCUCAGCAGGGCCGCAGGCGAGAGAGAGAGAGAGAGGAAGAGAGACAGCGCGAAGCGGCAGCGGUAGCCAGCAAAGGCGGCUAGAGCUGUUGCCCAUGCAAGGCGAGUACCGGUCUUCCAGCGAGGAGUCGGCGGCCGCUGCAGCAGCCGCAGCCAUGGCUCCUCUGGCGGCCGCCGCGGCCGCAGCAGUGAAGAUGGAGGCGGAGCAGGCGGCGAUGGCGAGCGCGGCUGCGCCGCAGCUGGGGUCGGCGCACCAGCACCAGCACCAGCACCAGCAGAUGCAGCCGCGGCGGCAGUACCGCGGCGUGCGCAUGCGCAAGUGGGGCAAGUGGGUGGCGGAGAUCCGGGAGCCGCACAAGCGCACGCGCAUCUGGCUGGGGUCCUACGCCACGGCCGUGGCGGCGGCGCGCGCCUACGACACGGCCGUGUUCUACCUGCGCGGCCGGUCGGCGCGGCUCAACUUCCCCGACGAGAUCCCGUCGCUGGCGCCGUCGGAGGGCGAGGGCGACGGCGACGGCGGGGAGCCCGCGCGCGACCCCGCCGACGGCGGCGGCGGCGGCACGCUGUCCGCCGCGUCCAUCCGGAAGAAGGCCAUCGAGGUGGGGUCCCGCGUGGACGCGCUGCAGACCGGCAUGAUGGUGCCGCCGCCGCACCACCGGGAGCGCCAGAGGCACCACCAUCACCACCACCACCACCUGCCGCAGCUGCGGAUGCACGCCGCCGCCGCGGAGGCGGCGGCGGCGGAGCACCGGCAGGAGGUGAAGCAGUCGCCGCAGCGGCCGGCGUGGAGCGGGCGCGUCAAGAACCCGGAUCUAAACCGGGCGCCCAGCCCCGAGAGCUCCGACGCCGAGUGACAUGAGAAGCGAGCGAGCAGCAGCAGCAGCCACCGCAAAGGCUCAACGUCAAAGACGACGUCCGUUGUUGCGACGGCGCCCAGCGCAGCAUGCCGCUGUCGUCUUCGUUCGUAUCCACGUACGUACAACGGCCCAGCUGACCCGCCUGCCUACCCGUCCGUUCUCUGCGACUGGAUGGUCGGUCGGCGGGCGUCGCGGCGAGGGCUUUCGGUACGUCGUGGAUAAGCACGAGGGGAGGGCGGGCAGGCGGGAACGGAGGCGGAGGCGGCGGCCCCAAGUGGCGGUCUUUCCAAAUGUCAAAAAGGACAGCUGUAACAGUGAUAAGAAAAACAAGUCAUCAUCCUCGUCUCUCCA